AUGUUGAACGCGACUUCGGAGUUUUUGACUAACAUGAUCGGUGUUGUCAAUAGCAGGGAGAGAUUUAUGAUGACCAACAGCGAUGGCUUCAAACUCAAGGUGCGGGGACUGAACCGGGGACCUCAGGUGAUGGAAUCUGAUGGGGAUUUGGAUUUCACAGAGGAGGUGGAAACGCUACGGCUGAGCAACAGGCAUCUCACUGUGGAGGUGAAGACACUUCGCGCGGAGAUACUCAAAAUGAAGCGAGAUGCUUCGCGGGUGCAAGAGGCGCCGCAGUUGAGUAUUGACCACAAGGAUGGUGGCGUUGAGGAAAUGCAAGAAUUGCAAGAUGCCCGAGUGAGGAGGUUGGAAUAUCAGAAGUCAUCCCUUGAAACUGAGAGGGAUCGGCUAAAGGAGGAAGUCCGGCAGAUCUCUGAAAUGUAUGUUAAACUCUGGUCUGAAGGGACUUCUUCGAGCGACGGGUUGAGGGAGGAGGUAGUUCGACUGAAGGAGGAGAACGAAUCGCUGCGGUCACGAAUACGGGAAUUGAUUAAACGGAGGGAAGAUGUUGUAUCAGAACCUGAGAGCUUGGCGGAAGGUAUCUAA